AUGACUGAAAAUACAACCUAUGAAAGCCUUGAUGGCAAACGUUGUGCUAUCAGCGUCCUGGAAGAUUCCAUGUUUGGAUUUGCCUGUGCUGACAUUAUCUACCUUUAUGCUGAUUUGAGGCUUUUGUCUGCCACUGGAUACACAUCAACUCCCUUUGAUCAACUAACUGUGGACUCUGAUGCCUACUUUGGUCGAAUACCCGCCGGACGGAUCGACCUUCAAUUAAAUGGACGAAAGGACCGCCACAGAAGAACCAACCCUGCCAAUAUGCUUUUGAGCCUCUUACAAGAACUACAACAGGAAGCAGCCCGAUGUAGAGACAGUCAAGUAUUGGAGGCACAAGAAGAAAAACUAAACGGGGCACUCUUUGCGGUUCGCCGAAGGCGUCAAUCUGCGUCAUUGGUGCGCAUGCCAGCCGGGGUCUCUCCCUCCAAUACCAGUGAGAGCAACAAGAGUGGAAACUAUGGCAGAUCCAAUGCUCCGUGUAACCCUAUGCUGGAUUGUAUUGAAAUGAUUCUGAAAUCUAGCAUGAAACACGAUCCUUCAAAGCCCAGCACAUGUUUUCUCAAAGACCUCAACACUGGCUGCUGCCUCAAGCAAUACUUUCAUCUACAGUAUUCCCAGCUCCUACUCAGCAACCUCUACAGAGACGCCAAAAAUGCGGGUCUGUAUGACUCCAAAGAAAUGCCCACCACCACACGACAAACCGAUGAUGGGGUCCAGGAUGGGGCGUUGUUUCUCUUGGAAGAAGCCAUCCAUGCACCCUCUGAUGCCAAGAUUUCCCAAAUUCUACAGAGUCAAUUCAAGGAGAAAUCCAUUGCUAGCCAGCUUAUGAGUGACUCCUCUGAAUUAGUUUGGUUUCAUGACUACUUCCCAUCACACGAGGCCGUGUUUGGGAUCCUUGUGGACUACAAUUUGAAGGUCAUUCACAUAGUGUUUCGAGGCACAGUCACUGUGCAAAAUUGGAUGAGCAAUUUGAAGUUUCAUUCUGUAGUGGCGCCCAAUCCCAUUCCAGAGGAUUAUCCCAACAAGAAGGAGCAUUUCAAUCUGCAUGAUGGAUUCCAGUCCUACAUUCUACGACAACGCUUGGAUACUCACCAACAGUGGUAUGAAACUGUAUGUGAUUUGGUGCACUAUUAUGGCAACAGUUUGUUGGGUGGGACCUAUCGAAUGACAGUGUCAGGCCAUUCCUUAGGUGGAGCCUGUGCUACCCUCAUGGGAUUCUACGCUAGCACUGACCCACGAAUGACACUACAGGGUCCAGUUGUCAUUCAAAGUUUUGCUGCUCCCAUGGUGGGGUGCCAUUCAUUUGCGGAUGCCUUUCGUCAUCAGGAGACUGUGGGCAAGCUGCGGCAUGCUCGAUUCUUCAAUGAGUCAGACAUUGUGCCUAGGCUACCACUCAACGUAAAGUUCUGGGAGGCCCGUGGAAGUCCUUGGGCCCACACUGGCCUUGGGAUUGAAUUGUUCACUAUCCACGAUGAUUCUUGGUCGGCUGCUUCCUGGUGCAAGUGGGUGUCUCGAGGUUGUCGGCGGCGCACCAUGGACUCUUGUCUGGCUGCAAUCAAGUAUGCUGCCAGAAAAGACUACUGGGAAGCAUUAUGGGACGCUCUUUGUGGUAACUUGAUGUUUCACCUUGACAUUUUCAACACGGGAAGGAAUCACAUCAUGUUAGAAUGCCAAGCAAGAAUGCAGCAUGCCCUCUUGCGGUCAGUGGACGAUGGCCUUGAUUGCUGGACCAAGCUAUCCCUGGAUGACCUGUAUCAAAGGCACCUGAAGGGGCAGGAAGCUCAAGUAAGGGAUCCAUACGCCAAGCUGAAGGCCACUCUGGCCUUAGGCACAAUUGCAGUUGGGGCAUCGUCCGUCUUCCUCGGAAGAUGGAUAUAUACGAUAGAUGUUUGCGCUGGCUUGCUAACCAAAGAUAAAAAGGAAAUGUGA